GAAACACAAUCUACCCUACCAAAAUGUGACCGUUGCAGAUCUAAAGAAAAGGCAGGAAAUUUCAGCUCCUCCCCCAAAAAUAUAUCCCCUUUGGAAAACCCUAUAGGAGCUCUUUCUCCACCAAAAAGUCUUCCAUUUUUAAUCUCCAUUUUCAAAAUCUAAACGAAACCCAAUUUUAAGAAGCUCACAAGCUAAGCAAGGAACCAAAAAUCUCAAAAAAUGGAGUCUUCACAAAGGAGAAAAAGUGGUUUAAACCUCCCUGCUGGGAUGAACGAAACUUCACUCCGGCUAGAAACUUCUUCCCCUUCUUCUCCUUGUUCUUCUUCUCUUCGUUCGAUUUCGAUAUCUUCACCACGGAUGAUAUCGAGUUUAAGUUCACCAUCAUCGUCGAAAUCGACGAUUUGUAGCGAUAGGUUCAUCCCGUGUAGAUCUUCAUCAAGGCUACACACUUUUGGGUUAAUGGAAAAGGAAUCACCUGCUAAAGAAGGGGGAAAUGAAGCUUAUUGUCGGAUUUUAAAAUCUGAGUUGUUCGGUUCUGAUUUCGGGUCUUGUUUUUCUCCUGCAGGUCAAGGUUCACCUAUGAGUCCUAACAAGAAUAUGUUGAGGUUCAAAACUGAACAUUCGGGGCCAAACUCACCUUAUUCUCCUUCAAUUUUGGGGCAUGAUAGUGGUUUCUCUAGCGAAGCAUCUACACCUCCUAAACCACCUAGGAAAGUCCCUAAGACACCCCAUAAGGUUCUUGAUGCUCCAUCACUUCAAGAUGAUUUCUAUUUGAACCUUGUUGAUUGGUCAUCUCAAAAUGUACUUGCUGUUGGGUUGGGUACUUGUGUUUAUUUAUGGACUGCAUCCAAUAGUAAAGUAACAAAGUUGUGUGAUUUGGGACCAAAUGAUAGUGUUUGUGCUGUUCAAUGGACCCGGGAAGGUUCUUACAUAUCAAUCGGUACAAAUCUCGGUCAAGUUCAGGUUUGGGAUGGAACUCAGUGUAAGAAAGUUCGAACCAUGGGUGGACAUCAAACAAGAACCGGUGUCUUGGCUUGGAAUUCGCGGAUACUGUCAUCUGGAAGCAGGGAUCGUAACAUUCUUCAGCAUGAUCUUCGAGUUUCGAGUGAUUACGUUAGCAAGCUUGUUGGGCAUAAAUCCGAGGUUUGUGGAUUGAAAUGGUCACAUGAUGACCGUGAACUUGCUUCUGGUGGGAAUGAUAAUCAGCUUUUGGUUUGGAACCAGCAUUCACAGCAACCAAUUCUUAAAUUGACUGAACAUACAGCCGCUGUGAAAGCCAUUGCUUGGUCACCCCAUCAAAGCAACCUUCUUGCAUCGGGUGGUGGAACUGCGGACCGAUGUAUUCGGUUUUGGAACACUACUAAUGGUCACCAAUUGAACAACAUAGACACAGGGAGCCAAGUAUGCAAUCUAUCAUGGAGUAAGAAUGUGAAUGAAAUAGUUAGCACUCAUGGAUACUCUCAAAAUCAAAUUAUGGUGUGGAAAUAUCCAUCAAUGGCAAAGGUUGCAACUCUAACAGGCCAUAGUUUUCGGGUCCUCUACCUAGCCAUGUCGCCUGAUGGACAGACCAUAGUGACUGGUGCAGGGGAUGAGACUUUAAGGUUUUGGAAUGUCUUCCCAUCUGUGAAAACACCAACACCAGUUAAAGAUACGGGACUCUGGUCUUUAGGCCGAACCUAUAUACGAUGAGACUUGAAUUGGUUUUCUCUUUUUGUAAAUGAAGACAUUUCUGCAGAAAGCAACAACGGAGAUUUUUAUUUGUUUUUUCAUUUUUUUGAUAUUUGUAAGUACUUAUAGCUUUAAAAGAAAAUAUAUUAAUGAACUUCAUUGCAUUUGAAUAUGAGAAUAAGAGGAUAAUGAUGUCAGGAUUUGAAA